AUGUCGUCGUCGCGGACGCACUACGAAGUCCUGGGCGUCGACGCGCGCGACGCGUCGACGGAGGACAUCAAGCGCGCGUACAAAGCGGCGGCGCUCGCGUCGCACCCCGACAAGCGCGCGUCGCGCGUAGACGGCGCAGCGGGCGACAACUCCGAGUUCCUCAAGGUUCAGGCCGCGUGGGAGAUCCUCAAGGAGAGCGCCUCGCGCGCGGCGUACGACGCGCGGCUCCUGGAGACGGCGCGCAGAGACGCGGACGUCGUCGUCUCCGACGAGUUCGACAUCGACGACAUGGACGCCGAGGGGAGCUCCCCGACGAAAUUCACGCGUCGGUGCCGGUGCGGGGACGCGUACGAGGUGUGGAGCGACGAGCUGUUGGCGUCCUUCGACGCGAUCGACGUCCCGUGCGCGAGCUGUUCGCUGCACGUGCGCGUGCGGUUGACGGGCGGCGCCGCCGCGGCGAAGUUCGACGCGUUCGCGAUGGCGACGGCGGCGGCGACGGCGGCGGCGGCGGCGGCGGCGGGGACGAAGGACGACGCCGCGUCGUAG